UGUGUAUUGCAUGCCGCCAUGGGGUAUACCAUGUAAAAUGCAGUCACGAAACAUGUGUUACCCACGCACAAAGUCGAUUCUCCCACUUCGCACGUGCAUUUCGUCACCUCGCCACGUUGAGUGUUGACAAUGAAGCGGAUACACUGGCAUUGAUCAGUGUGCAUCAACUCAUCUAACACGCCAUGUUUCGAGCCCGGACGAAGCGUCUAUUCCUUUCCAUAGUGGUGGUAACAGCCGUUCCUUUCGUCCUCUUCUUUUUGGAUUCUCUCAGCCUUGGUGUGAAGUUGCUCAAGGGAGACCACUCUGAAUUAAUUCGACGAGUCGCGAUAAACGAAGAUGACAGACCAGUUGGCGUUGAUAAUAUUAUCCGUGAAGAAGAAAAUGUGGAACCUGAAGAGAUUGAACAGGAACCACUUUCAGUUACCUGCCGCAAUGAUAAAAAAUGUAAUCCAACAAGAUCAGGAAUGUUCAACGUACACAUCGUCCCUCACUCACACAAUGACGUUGGUUGGAAGAAGACGGCAGACCAGUAUUACACUGGAAGGGGCGGCGGCAACGCCGCGUCGUUCUAUGACGGGACCGAGUGCAGCAAGUGCAUCCUCGACAGCGUCAUCCCCCAGCUGGUGAGGAAACGGGACAGGCGCUUCAUUUUUGCGGAGAUGGCCUUCUUCUCCCGCUGGUUUAAGGAACAAGACUUGAAUACUCGACAAGCAGUGAGGGACCUCGUGGCACAGGGACGUCUUCAGAUUGUAAUCGGUGGCUGGAGCAUGAGCGACUCGGCCACGACCUACUACGACGACAUCAUCGACCAACACACUCUUGGUUUCCAAUGGAUACAGAAGGAAUUUGGAGAAUGUGCAAUGUCUAACAUCGGCUGGCACAUCGACCAAUUCGGACAUUCUCGUGAACACUCGUCUUUGUUCGCUCAGAUGGGAUUUGACGCUAUCUUUCUCGGGCGAAUAGAUUUCCAGGACCACACAAGAAGACUCAAGUCUCGGGACAUGGAGACUGUGUGGGUGACCAGUCCACAAAAUCUGGGAAACAGCCUGUUCACAAGUGUGUUGUAUGACGGAUAUUUCAGCCCGGCCAACCUACGUUGGGAGGGACUCCCACCGUCUUCGUCCAAACGGAUACGGAAGAUGGAGGCUAAAGCGCUCAUCAACCUUGCAGUGAAGUGGGCGGAGUCCUACAAGUCCAGCCACAUCCUGAUCCCCGUGGGUGGGGACUUCGCCUUCCGCUCCGCCGCCUACUGGUACGAGGGUCUGGAUCAGCUGAUAGCCACAGUCAACGCUGAGCAAAAGUUCGGCAGCGUCGUGCACGCUCUGUACUCCACCCCAAGCUGCUACAUCAACAGCGUCAACAAGGAGGGUGUCAAGUUCAGCAGAAUGUCUGGCGACUUCUUCCCGUACUCAACCAUCCCCAACACCUUCUGGACGGGCUUCUUCACCAGCAGACCCGGACUCAAGCGCCAUGUGAAGACGGCCAGCAGCUUACUACAGACAUGCAAAAUGCUGACGGUACUUGCCCGACUGACUCAAGUUAGCAGGGAUAUCGCUGUGUUGAAGAAAGCGGUGGCCCUUCUGCAGCACCAUGACGCCAUCACGGGGACGGAAAAACAGCAUGUCACCGACGACUACAACAAGAUGCUGAGCGAGGGGGAGAGAGCAUGUCAGUAUGUUGUGAAUACCGCCUACCAGAAGCUCCUUACAGAGAAAACCAGAAAGCUUCCGACGCAGCAUUUUUGUAACCGCCUCAACAUUAGUGUGUGUCAGAUCACGGAGACAGCUGACAAGCUGUUCGUGACUGUGUUCAAUCCUCUGGGUCAGCCUGUGUCGCACUGGCUACGUCUUCCUAUGGCGGUACAGCACUACAUCGUCACGGGACCCAAAUCUCAGGCUACAGAAGCUCAGAUUGUGCCAUUUACGGAAUCCACUCUGAGAAUUCCAGAGCGAGGUGUAAGGAAGCCCCGGGUCGAUGUUGUGUUUGAAGCCAUACUUCCGCCGUUUGGAUUCGCAGUGUACAAGAUUGAAACUGACAAGGACGCCACCCUAAUACCACCAAGAGAAGACAUUGGGACUGGCCGAUACUACAUCACUAAUCAGUUCCUGUCCCUGACUAUUGACCCCCGCACGGGCUUGACCCAGACCCUGAGGAACAAGGAGAUCGGCGUGGACAUCAAGCUGGAGCAGAGGUACCUGUAUUACCUGUCCAGUGCGGGUCAGGUGAGGGACCCCAACGACCACACGGGUGGGUUCCUAGGUUCCCACAAGCGAUCCUCUGGAGCAUAUGCCUUUGUGCCCAGAGAGUUCACAAGGCCAGUUCCGCUCAAGAGGCCGAAUUCCAAAGGUGUUAAAGUUAACACGUAUAAGGGUCCCAAUGUCCAGGAGAUACGCCAGGAGUUCAGCCCAUGGGUCAGUCAGGUGAUCAGACUGUAUGAUGGCGCGCCCUACCUGGAACUAGAGUGGACAGUUGGACCAAUCCCAGAAAACAUGCAAGAAACGAAGGAGGUCAUAUCAAGAUUCACGACAGAUCUCGAUACGAAUGGAAUGUUUUUCACAGACUCAAACGGCAGAGAGACUAUUCCUAGACGGAGGGACCACCGGGAGACGUGGUCACUGAACGUUACGAGCCCUGUGUCGGGGAACUACUACCCUGUCACAGCGAGGAUGUUCCUCAAGGACGAAGAACGGAACAUUCAGCUGACGGUGCUCACAGACCGGUGUCAGGGUGGGGGUAGUCUGAAUGACGGGCAGAUGGAGCUGAUGGUGCAUCGGCGGACCUUCAAGGACGAUGACCUUGGCGUAGAGGAACCAUUGAAUGAACGCGGGGUGGACGGGAGGGGACUCAUCAUACGAGGUAAACACUACGUGUUCCUCAACAGUAUAGACAAUGCUGGCCGGGAGUACCGAGCCCAGGGACUUCUGGUUCACCAUCCUCCCACUGUGUCCUUCAUGCAGCCGAAUCCUCCCACCACCAACCAUCUCGUCACCUCGUUUUCCGGACUCCGUAACCCUCUUCCCUUCAACGUCCAUCUGCUGACCCUUGACCAGACCCCAGGUGAUCCUGACACCCUGAUCCUGAGACUGGAAAACUUUUUAGAGGUCAAGGAAGCAGACGAAGACGAGGAAGAAGCUAUCGUUAAUCUACAGUACCUGUUCAGCAAAUUUGACAUCACCACAGUGCGAGAGCUGAGUCUCGGUGGUAACCACAACAUCACCAGGGUGAGACGGCUUGUCUGGAACACGACUGACGGUGUCACGACAGGAAACACACUCGAAUCCGAUGAUUCCCGUGACGUCCAUUCCCCUCCGUUUUCUAUCCUUCUCCGACCAAUGGAAAUUCGGACAUUCAGAGUGACCACCGGCCCUCUUACGGACCCACCCUCGGACAAUGGCGUCUAAGUGUUUGUGCGCAUGCGUGAGUGAUGUAUUUGUAAAUAAACGUAUAGGGUGGUAACUCUGUACUCUGCUGAAACA